AUCAAUAUUCCCCAAACCACAAACACCCCGCAACCUCGACCGGCAAACCGUCCCAUUCCUCUAGAAUGGCUUCUUCAGUUAGCGCUCCGGCGCAGCACAAGCAGCCAUCCCGCAAAGGCAAAAAGGCAUGGCGAAAACAUGUUGACACUACCGAGAUCGAGCAGGGCCUCGACGAUGUGCGAGACGAAGUGAUUUUGGGCGGCGUCAUCUCCGAAAAGCCCUCCUCCGAGCUCUUCUCCCUCGACACCACCGGCUCCGCCGAAAUUCAGAAAACCUACAAAACCGGCAAGCCCCUCAAAGCCGACGAGAUCAUCGCCGCGCGCUCUGCCAUUCCAGCUGUGUCUAUGAGAAAGCGGCCAGCGCCGAGAACUACGGAUGGAAUAAUUGCGCCCGAGGGCAAGAAGCCGCGGAUCAGCAAUAAAGAGUAUGACCGGCUACGAGCGAUUGCGUACGGUGGUGAUCAGGUGCAGAAGGAUGUGGUGAGACUAGAGGGUGCGACGCAUGAUCCUUGGGCUGCGGAAGAGAAAGUGCAGGAUCCGAAGUUCUCGUUUUUAGAGGAGAAGAAGGCGAAGCGGGAGCCCGUUACGCUGAAGCGGGCGCCGGUUUCGCUGGUGGCGAGUGGGAAGGCGGUGCCUGCGGUCAAGAAGCCGGAGGCGGGGAAGAGCUAUAAUCCCAACUUCGAAGACUGGAAGGGUGUGCUGAAGAGGGAGGGCGACAAAGAGGUUGAGGCGGAGAAGAAGCGGCUUCAGAAGGCGGAGAUUGAGAGGGAGAGGCAGGAGAGGAUCAUGGCUAUUGCAGCAGAGCCGGAUCUGGUGUCUGACGAUGGUGAGAGUGCAUGGGAGAGUGAGUGGGAAGGCUUCCAGAGCGAGGUGGAGGAGGACUUGCUCAAGAAGAAACGGCCGGAGAGGAAGACGCAGCCAGAGAGGAACAAGAUGAAGCGCAGAAAAGAGGCAGAAAGGCUGGCCCUACAUGAGGCGAAGUCGAGGGAAAGAGAUCGACAACAUGCCCAGAUCAAGGCAGUUGCGAAAGCCGUGAAGGUCCAGGAGAAGGCAAAAGAAGCCGCUCAGGCAUUGGUAGUCGUGGGAGAGGAUGACUCGUCCGAUGAAGGGGAUGAGGUUUUGAGACGGAAGUCAUUGGGCAAGGCUCGUAUUCCAGAAGCCCCGCUGGAAGUGGUUUUGAGCGACGAGUUGCAAGACUCAUUACGACUCCUCAAGCCUGAGGGCAAUUUGCUCAAGGAUCGAUUCCGCAGCAUGAUGGUCAGAGGAAGAAUUGAGAGCAGGAGGCCAAUUGCCUUCCACAAACAGCGAAAGAUGAAGGCCACCGAAAAGUGGUCGUAUAAGGACUGGAAGCUUCCACAAUAGUGGACUUGAGCGGCGUUACGUCGCGAAUGUAGAGAUUUCAUAGAUAAUCACAAUACAACUACUUGUAUUGAAUGCUGGU